AUGGAUGGGGAGGCAGAGCAACAAGAUAAUGACACUGAAAACAUAGAGCUGAAGAACAAUGAGCAACUCCAGAAGACACAAGCUGUAGAGCCCUCAGAGGAGGGCAAAUCCCCUAAUGUUGAUGACAGUAAGGAUAAACCUGACACCCCUGCAGAUGAGGAUGAGGAGGCUGGAGCAGUGGAGUCUGAAAAAGCCUCACCAGAUACUGCAGGGGAACAGGCAACAGAUUGCGCCUCAACCGAUGUUACAGUAUUGCUUCCAUCCCUCUCCUCGCCCCAACCUGGGGCCAGGUCAACGGUCAGCUCCAGAUCAAGCUGGUGGAGUAUUUUUGCAAGAAGACGGGUGACGAUGCACGUCCUAAGUAGGAGAAGGCUGUGUCUGACCAGGAGCAGCGCUACCAGAAGUAUAUAGCCAUCAUGGAGGACCUGAAGUGGCAGCACUGGCACGACUCGGAGGUGGCCCAGCAGCAAGCCGAGGAGCUGCGGCAGCAGAGCCAGGAGAAGGUGGAUCGCAAGCUCGAGGCCCCGCUGCAUGCCAAAGAGGAGCUCGUCGAGGGCCUGCACCUCAUCGACUUCAAGCAGCUGAAGAUCAAGAACCAAACAUAA